AUUCCCUCACUUUAAAAAGUCGAAUACAUAAGAUGUCUGUUCCUGUUGCUUUCAAUGAUAUUGGCAAGUCUGCCAAGGACCUUUUGUCCAAGGACUACCCCGUUGGUGGUGUCAAGCUUGAAGUUAAGACCACCGCUCCUAACGGUGUUACCUUCAAGGUUAACGGUCAACGUGAUAACAAAACUGGUAUCAUUGUUGGUGACCUCGAAACCAAGUACUCUGACAAGAAGAACGGUCUUACCUUCACUGAAGCCUGGACCACCUCUAACCACCUUAACGGCAAGAUUGAACUCGAAAACAACCUUGCUAAGGGUCUUAAGCUUGAACUUUUGACUUCUCUCCUUCCUUCCGUUAACGAAAAGGCUGCUAAGAUCAACGCUACCUACAAGAAGCCUAAUGUUCACACUGUUGCCACUCUUGAUGUCUUCAAGACCAACUUUUCUGUUAACUCUGUCUUUGGUCAACAAGGUUUCCUCGUUGGUGGUGAAGUUGCCUACAACGUUUUGGAUGGCAAGAUCGGUCGCUACAAUGCUGCCAUCGGUUACACUGCUGCUGAAUACGGUGUUGCUGUUCAUGCUACCAACAACUUGAGCAACUACUCUGCUUCUUACUACCACCGUGUCAACAGUGACCUCGAAGCUUCCGGUAAGGCCUCUUGGGACUCCAAGGGUUCCAACGCUGUUGCUCUUGAAGUUGGUGCCAAGCUCAAGUUGGAUCCUUCUGCUUUCGUCAAGGCCAAGAUCUCCAACUCUGGUGUUCUCGGUCUUGCUUACACUCAAGCUCUUCGCCCUGGUGUCAAGGUCAACCUUGGUGCCUCUGUUGAUACUACUCGUCUUAACGAAAACGCUCACAAACUCGGUCUCUCUUUCACUUUGGAAAACUAAAUGCCAUAAAUACAUAAAAAAAAAAAGAAAAGGGACCAUUGUUCAUAUCUUUUGAGAUCCCUUUUUUUUUUUUGUAACCAAAAUGAAAACAAUAAACUUAUAAUUUUUUGACAUUUGUUUCUGA